AUGUGUGAUCCAGAAGGAAUUAAGUCAUUUCUAUACACUUUCUUACAAACCAAGAAACGUAUAGCACCAGAAUAUACCUUCAUUGAAAAACCGGUUGGUCGGAACAAGGUUAGGUUUCUUUGUGAAGCUCGCGCUGAUGGCUUCAGUUACGUUGGAAUAGGAAAUUCCACGACAAAAAAAGAAGCUCAAACGAAUGCAGCUAGAGAUUUUGUUAACUACCUUGUGCGCGAAGGCGAAAUCCCUGCAUCUUCUGUCCCAGCUAUACAGCCUACCAAUGUAUUACCUUCAGAACCAGCAAGCACAUCUAUACCUGAAAGUCUCGGACAAAGUAUGCCGGCUCAACUACAAGGGAAUUUUUCAGGUUCUGGCGGCAACUACAUUAGCAGCAUAUACGACCAAAAAAAGUUGGAAGAGGCAGAAGAGGUGGAUUUGACUUCUGAUUUGCAUGGUGGUUGGUCUAUGGAGAACGCCAAGUCACGUCUAAAUGAGUACUUACAAGCAACUCGCCAGCAAGUGGGUCAAGUGAAGUAUACGUCAGUUGGUCCAGAUCACAGCAGGAGUUACAUAGCGGAGAUGACCAUCUUGGCGAAAAAUCUUCGAAAAACCCUGUACGCCCGAGAAACAGGAUCGAAUAAACAAUUAGCAUCUCGCGCUUGCUGCCUAUCAUUGGUCCGUCAACUUUUUCAUGCUGGCGAAGUGGAAGCAUAUACUGGCGAAAAGCGAAAAAAGAAGCGUAGUGAGGUUGCAGUGUAUGAGGUCGAUUUGAAUCCAAAGGUUGAAGAAAAUCUGACAGGUGUAUUGCAAAACUUGGGUCUUCCCGUUAACUUGAAACCCCCUACAAAUCUCCCAGCAGAUCAAAUUUAUAAUAUGAUAACUAAUUACAACUUGGUUGAUUUCGAUGAUGCUCCAAAACAACAACCUCAGUUGGUUGCUUGGUGUCCACCGCUUCCCAACUGGAACCCAUGGACUGCUUGUAAUAUCGAUGAAGGUCCAGAGGCUAAUCAACCGUUAUCUCACAUUAGCGCCAAUUUGGCUGACGAGCGGUUACGCCGACUUGACAACGACCCUCAAUUGCGGUCACUUAUGGAUGAGCGUGCCCAAUUACCCGUUAAUCCUUACAGGGUUUCAAUACUAGAAUCCGUCAAACGUAAUAAAGUGACGAUUAUUCGUGGCGAAACUGGAUGUGGCAAAACCACUCAGAUUCCGCAGUUCAUUCUGGACUCAUAUUUGGAAUCAGGAAUGGGUGCUGAAUGUUCUAUCCUAGUAACACAACCAAGACGUAUAUCUGCUAUAAGCCUUGCUGAACGCAUCGCUUACGAGAGGGGCGAAGUUGUAGGAACUUCUGUCGGAUAUUGUGUUCGUUUUGAGACAGUUUAUCCUCGUCCAUAUGGAUCUAUCUUGUUUUGCACUGUUGGGACAAUGGCACGCAAAAUGGAAGGAGGUCUUCGAGGAGUGUCUCAUGUUAUUGUUGAUGAAAUACAUGAAAGAGAUGUUAAUACAGAUUUCAUGCUAAUAUUAUUACGUGAAAUGAUAAGAGCAAACAGAAAUCUCCGACUUGUUCUUAUGUCUGCUACUAUUGAUAUAACUAUGUUCAGCGAGUACUUUGGGGAUUGUAUGGUUUUGGACAUCGAGGGUCGUACACACCCUGUCGAGUAUUACUUCCUAGAAGACUGUGUGAAAAUGGUUAACUUCAUACCUCCACCUGUAGAAGAAAAAAAACGAAAGCGCCAUGAAUUAGAAAAUGUGACAGAUAACACUGACGAAAAUUGUAACUUAAAAUGUGAUCCCAUUUAUGGAGAUUCAGUGGUUCGUUCCAUGAGCGAAAUCACCGAGAAAGAAGUUCCUUUUGAACUUCUUUUCACUGCUCGUAACAAUUUAACAUCCUAUUCUACUUCAUGGGCAAGCAGAACAAAUCUGGAGCAACGGCGAGGCAGAGCUGGUCGAGUUCAUCCAGGAUUUGCCUUUCAUCUUUGUAGUCGCGCUCGCUUUGAACGUUUAGAAAAGCAUGCCACUCCCUAG